AUGGGAGUGUACAUUCCAGGAGGAAAAAAUGGAACAACAGUGAAAGAAUUCAUCCUUCUUGGCUUCCCUGGGUCUCAUUAUCUGCAAACAGUCAUGUUCAUCUUCUUUCUUAUUAUGUACAUCUUGACAGUUUUUGGAAAUUUGUCCAUCAUAAUUUUAGUGAAAACCAGUCGUCAGCUCCAUACUCCUAUGUACUUCUUCCUUUGUAAUCUUGCUUUCCUGGAAGUAUGGUACACAACUGCCUCAAUCCCUAAGAUCCUUGCCAUCUUCCUGGGGAAGAGCAGAAGCAUCUCUUUCACAGGCUGUAUUCUGCAGCUCUACUUUGUUUUUUCAUUUGGGAGCACUGAACAAUUCCUGCUUUCCAUCAUGGCUUAUGACCGAUAUUUGGCCAUAUGUCACCCACUGCAUUACACCACCAUCAUGGAUAUCAGCUUUUCUGGCAAGCUGGCGUGUGGCUCUUGGCUUUGUGGAUUCCUUGUUGUUGUUAUACCUGCCCUCCUAAUCUCAAGGUUGUCCUUCUGUGAGUCCAAUGUGAUAAACAACUUUUACUGCAGUAUUGAUUCCUGGAUAGUUUUGUCCUGUACAGACACCUAUGCCAUCGAGAUAGUGUCUUUUGUCACAGCCGUCAUUGUCAUAAUUGGUUCGUGUCUGAUAACUUUUCUGUCGUACAUAUACAUUAUCUCCACCAUCUUACACAUUCCUUCUGCCAAAGGACGGCAAAAGGCCUUUUCCACAUGCUCCUCGCAUCUUGCCAUUUUGAUUAUCUGGUAUGGCUCUACCAUUUUUCUUUUUGUUAAACCUUCUAAGCAGGCAUCCUUCGAAAUUACCAAAGUAGUGAACAUCCUCAGCCUCAUUGUGGUUCCUUUGCUGAAUCCUUUCAUCUACACACUGAGAAACAAAGAAGUCAAGGGUGCGUUGAGAAAUUUAUUGCACUGGGGAUGUUACAAAACUCAUACAGUAUGGAUAGAAAAGAGAGAGAAAUCAUCACAUAAAAAUGGAGAUAGAUUAUACAGACUUAGGCUGCAGAUACUCCAAUGUUUAGGACAACUGAAAGUGCUUUGA